UUAAUUUUUGUUUGUAUACUAUAUGUAAUUGUACUGACAAAUCCUCUUAUUCAAUAUAUGGCAAUCACCUUCGUGCAAUAUGUCAUUAUACCUUAACUAUACGCAUUUGGUGUCAUUAGAAUGAUUCCGUGCAAUACCAAAACUCGUCUAGCCACCAACGCCAAAAAACAAACUCUUAUAUAUUAGAUGUUCAAUUUAAUUUUAUCUUCAAUUUUUUUUCUCUCAAAAAUUGAUAUAAAAAGCUCAUGUCACAAAUUCGUCACAUGUACAUCAUAGAUUUUCAUCGUCUAUUUGUGGCUUACAAUAUAUAUUAUUAUUGGAAAAUUAGUUGCAGUUUACAGAUAAAAAUAAUUCUUUUUGUUGAGUAUUAAUGUUGAAUUUUAAAAGAAGGCUUAUCUGUAAAUAAUAUAAUGUACUAUUUAAUACUGAAAAAGUUUUUUUUGUGUGUGUGUGAUGUAAGUUGAUAUGUAGUAUUGACUGAAUAUUACUAGCUAACUGGAGCUUCGUUCUUGUGCGGUUGUACCAUUUAGGGUUUAGUCAAGACUACUCUAAUUGUUCUUGGUAACACUGAAAGCUAUUUACAGCUUUAAUUAUCCACUAAUUGGUUGUACAUUUUCCUAGUGGUUGUAUUUAACCCACACAAAAAAUCAUUAAGCAGAUUUAGCUAUUAAACCUAAACCUACCUCCACAAAAUCAUAUCUUUUUACUAAAAUAUUGCAUACUAAUGUUUUAAAAGGUGAAUCGAUUACUAAUCACUUUGGUAUACUAUACCUAUGUAAAGAAGUGUGACUAAGAUUUUUUAAUGUUGGUUGGGAAAGAUUAGAAAUAUAUGUAUUUUUCGAAAAUAUAGUCAAACUAGUGUCAUAACAAGUUGAUGCUCUUUUUUAUAUUGCCAACCAACUAAUUUCCUUUCUAACAUUUUUUAUUUCACGACUGAUAGUUAUGUUACGUACUUCAGUUCUGAUACUAAGUUCUUUUUAUUAUCAUUAAUAUAAAAUUCGCACAUGAAACAAAAAAAUUGGAUACAUCAUAGCUUGAUUUUACUUGUAGAAUGUUUAUCUGGUAAAACCACCUAUCAGUAAGAUGUUACACAGUUUAUUCUCAAAAUUCGGUUCAACUUUUGACAAGCUAUCUUGUAAAAAUAAUUAAUUGCAAAUUACUACUCCAGAAAAGAUAGUCUUAGAUUUUAGUUCUCGAGGCAAAGCAAGGUGAGAAAAGAAUCAGAAACCUAGACAUUUGAAAUAUCCCCCAAAUAUGCAAUUUUUUUUUCUUGAACAAACCCAAAUAUGCAAAAUAUAGCCCACUACUGCAUAGAAUGUUGAUUACAAAAGGAAAAAAAACAUUAUAAGUGAGGGGUUCUCUUUAAAAAAAAUCUAAUGUUUUAAAAGGUGAAUCGACCACUAAUCAAGGUUCUAUGCAUAGAACACUAAUCCAAAAACAUUCUAAUGUUUUAAAAGGUGAAUCGAUCACUAAUCCAAAAGCACAAACGGAAGAAGUUAUCUGCGGAAGAACUACUAAAACUUCGCGAAACCAUCACAAGGGUUUAUGUACAAAGAACGGGUAAAACUAUUUGGGUUGUAUCCGAAAUAUAUCCGACUGCAUAGAAUGUUGAUUACAAAAGCAACGUCAACAUGAGUUAAUUUUGAAUAUUUUAUACAUAUAAAUCUUAUAGAUUGGAAUGCCAAAGCUGUAUUAAGAAUAUAACCUAGAGUAUGUUUAUUUUGCAUUCACAAAUUUUUAAAAAAAGUUUAAAACGAGUGGUUAAUUCAAAAAACACACACACAUAUAUUCAUUGUCAUUGCGUAUCUUUCGUUCUCCCUCAAAGAUUAAAUCAAUUUUAGUAAACAACUGUUCAGCGGAAGUUAAUGGUCCUGAGUUAAUUAUCAUGUUCUUGUCCGUGAACCAAACCUCAAUAAUGUAUCUAACCCUAAAUCCAAAUCACAAUGGCACAUUCUCUCAAACCAUCGUUGCCUUUUCCGUGAAACAAAUCUGUGAAACGUAACUCCUAACCCUAAAUAUCGUUUUCAAUAUCUUUUUUUUUGCAAACUAAGAUGAUGAGGCUCUUGAUAACCUCUCUUGCAAUUAUCGUUACUUUAGCUCAUGCAAAAACCGAGAAACAAGAAGUCUCUGCGUUGAAUGUAAUGUUCACGAGCUUAAAUUCACCGCCCAAACUCAAAGGCUGGAAAUCUAGCGGAGGCGAUCCUUGUGACGGUUCUUGGGAAGGCGUUAAAUGCAAAGGCUCAUCGGUCACUGAAUUACAGUUGUCAGGGUAUGAGCUAAGUGGAUCGCUAGGUUAUCUACUAAGCAACCUCAAAUCUCUCACAACUUUUGAUCUCAGCAAAAACAAUCUCAAAGGAAACAUACCUUACCAACUCCCACCCAACAUUGCCAAUCUGGACUUUUCUGACAACGAACUCGAUGGAAACGUACCCUACUCGUUAUCUCAAAUGAAUAAACUCAAAAGCAUUAAUCUUGGACAAAACAAACUCGAUGGAGAACUUUCAGAUAUGUUUCAGAAACUCUCCAAACUCGAAACUGUGGACUUCUCGUUAAAUAAACUCUCUGGGAAAUUACCUCACAGUUUUGCUAAUCUCACAAGCCUAAAAAAACUACAUUUGCAGGAGAAUCGAUUCACAGGAGACAUAAACGUACUCAGGAACCUUCCCAUUGAUGACUUGAAUAUAGAAGACAACCAGUUCGAAGGAUGGAUACCUAACGAACUCAAGGAAAUAGACAGCUUACUGACUGGAGGAGGCAACGACUGGUCAACAGAAACUGCUCCGCCGCCACCUCCGGGUGUUAAAUACGGUCGAAAAUCCGGAGGAUCUAAUCAAGGAGGAGGUAUGAGUAUUGGCACCGGACUGAUGAUAGCCGGAGCAAGCUUAGGAGUUCUUGUCUUAAUCAUAGUUCUGAUCGGUCUUGUCUCUAAGAAAAAAUCAUCUCCCAAUCCUCACUUCAUAGAUGAAGACAUUAGCCAACACACGCCAAGGCUCAGAUCUAUGAGAUCUCAUGGAUCUUCACAAGAGCUUCGUAUCGAUUUUGGCAACGAUUACAAAGGUAGAAAAUCUUUAGACUCAGAUGAUGAGAAUGUGCAAGGGGUUGGAUCAAAGGGACUAAAGCAUUCAGUUUCAUCGCGUGUGAUGUCUUUCAACGACACCGAGUUCGCGAACAAGCUCAACGCCAAACGAACCACUUCGACUCGUGCUGCUACAGAGUUCGAGCUAUCUGAUCUGCAAACCGCAACAGCUAACUUCGCACCUGGUAAUCUACUCGGUGAAGGCUCGAUAGGACGUGUUUACAGAGCUAAAUACCCUGAUGGACGUACUUUGGCGGUUAAGAAGAUCGAUUCAACAUUAUUUGAUUCGGGUAAAUCAGAAGGGUUAACGGCUAUAGUGAUGAGCGUUUCGAAGAUUCGGCAUCAGAACAUAGCAGAACUCGUAGGUUACUGCUCAGAGCAAGGUCAUAACAUGUUGGUCUACGAGUGUUUCAGGAACGGUUCGCUCCACGAGUUCCUUCAUUUGUCAGAUUGUUUCAGUAAGCCUUUGACUUGGAACACAAGAGUUAGAAUCGCCUUGGGAACCGCUCGAGCCGUUGAAUAUCUACACGAGGCAUGUUCACCGUCUGUGAUGCAUAAGAACAUAAAGUCUUCUAACAUUUUGCUAGACGCGGAUCUCAACCCUCGUCUCUCGGAUUACGGCCUCUCAAAAUUCUACACUAGAACGAGUCAAAACCUUGGAGAAGGAUACAAUGCACCAGAAGCCAAGAACCCUGAUGCCUACACGCCAAAGAGUGACGUCUACAGCUUUGGAGUCGUCAUGUUAGAGCUUCUCACUGGUCGAGUUCCAUUUGACGGAGAGAAGCCAAGGCCGGAGAGAUCGUUGGUGCGGUGGGCGACACCGCAGCUUCACGACAUAGAUGCAUUGUCGAAUAUAGCAGAUCCAGCAUUGCACGGACUUUACCCACCAAAGUCAUUGUCAAGAUUCGCUGACAUUAUCGCAUUAUGCGUACAAGUGGAACCAGAGUUCCGACCACCGAUGUCGGAAGUGGUGCAGGCGCUUGUAAGGAUGGUUCAAAGGUCAAGUAUGAAACUUAAAGAUGAUCUUAGAGCACACGACGAGUAUGAUUUCUAGUGUUAAAUAAUAAUAAAAAAGUAGCCAAAGACACACGAGAUAUAUACUAUUAUUCGUUUACUUUGCUGAAUAAACAUACAUCUGAAUAAGUAGCCAUA